CUACAAACGACACUGCAGGUUAAAACUACCUGGCCAAAAAGACAAGAGUCUGCUAGCUUCCUUAAGACCUUCCUUGGUAGGCUGAUCCCACAAAAGAACUGAGAAACACAGCCUGAGAUGGACAGCAGGAAUUGUAAAGUUAAUGCUCCUCUCCUAAGUCAAAGAUACCGGAGGAUGGUCACAAAAGAUGGCCACAGCACACUUCAAAUGGAUGGUGCUCAAAGAGGUCUUGUGUAUCUUCGGGAUGCAUGGGGAAUCCUAAUGGACAUGCGCUGGCGCUGGAUGAUGCUGGUCUUUUCUGCUUCUUUCGUUGUCCACUGGCUUGUUUUUGCAAUCCUCUGGUAUGCUGUAGCUGAGAUGAAUGGUGAUCUGGAAAUAGACCACGACGUCCCGCCUGAAAACCACACUAUCUGUGUGAAGCACAUCACCAGUUUCACAGCUGCGUUCUCCUUCUCUCUGGAGACACAACUUACAAUCGGCUAUGGCACCAUGUUCCCCAGUGGGGACUGUCCAAGUGCAAUCGCCUUACUUGCCAUACAAAUGCUCCUAGGCCUCAUGCUAGAGGCCUUUAUCACAGGUGCCUUUGUGGCGAAGAUUGCACGGCCAAAAAAUAGAGCUUUCUCAAUCCGAUUCACAGACUUAGCAGUUGUAGCUCACAAAGAUGGCAAACCUAAUCUUAUCUUCCAAGUGGCCAACACCCGGCCCAGCCCUCUGACCAGCGUUCGAGUCUCUGCUGUACUCUAUCAGGAAAGAGAAAAUGGUGAACUCUACCAGACCAGUGUGGACUUCCACCUUGAUGGCAUCAGUUCUGAGGAAUGUCCAUUCUUCAUCUUCCCGCUAACCUAUUAUCAUACUAUCACACCAUCAAGUCCUCUAGCUACCCUGCUCCAGCAUGAGACUCCUUCACACUUUGAAUUAGUUGUGUUCCUCUCAGCAAUGCAAGAAGGCACUGGGGAAAUCUGCCAAAGGAGGACAUCCUACCUACCCUCUGAGAUCAUGUUACAUCACCGAUUUGCAGCUCUAAUGACUCGAGGUUCCAAAGGUGAGUAUCAAGUCAAGAUGGAGAAUUUUGACAAGACUGUUCCUGAACAUCCAACUCCUGUGGUCUCUAAGAGUCCACAUAGGACUGACCUAGAUAUUCAUAUCAAUGGACAAAGCAUUGACAAUUUUCAGAUUGCUGAAACAGGGCUGACAGAAUAAGACUCAUCUACAUCAUCCUACUUCUUAAUGUAUUAAAUAUAUGCAGCCAGCUAUGCAGCUAUUUUCCUUUACUGUA